AAUGGAGGGAGCAUCCUUUCAAAGGCAGGCAAAGAGAUACUGUUGAAGACUGUUUCUCAAGUCAUGCCCAAUUCGCCAUGAGCGUAUUCGCAUUACCCAUCGGCACUUGUCAAAGAAUUGAGGGCCUCAUGAACAAGUUUUGGUGGCAAAGUGAUGGUAAAAACUCCUCAGGUAUCCAUUGGCUAUCAUGGGAGCGGAUGACGAAACCCAAAAAAUUUAGUGGCCUCGGGUUCACGGACAUUCAUGCCUUUAAUUUAGCAAUGCUUGGCAAGCAAGGUUGGAGAUUGCUAACUAAGACUCACUCACUUCUUGAUAAGGUCUUCAAGGCUAGGUACUAUCCUAAAAGCUCCUUCUUGGAGGCAUCCACUGGGCCUAAUCCUAGUUUCGUCUGGAGAAGUAUUUUGGGGGCACAACCACUGAUCAAGGAUGUCAUCCGCCGUAGAGUAGGAAAUGUCGAAGGUACUCUUAUUUGGGCUAAUCCGUGGCUUUGGGACCCUUCAAAUAUGAGGGUUUCUACACCUAAACCUAGUUUCUGCCUGGACUUUCCGGUGAGUUUGUUGCUUAAUGAUAGCAAGGAUUCGUGGAAUGAGUUGACAGUGAGGUCUUGGUUCAAUUUGGCCAAUUGUGACCGCAUACUUAUGGUGCCCAUCUCUCCCCCACUACAGGAUGAUUGGUAUUGGCCGUUGGAGGUGUCAGGAUGCUACUCGAUCAAGUCGGCUUAUCGGAAAUUGGCGGGGGAAGUUGCAAACGCUACGGGGUUUGCGCACUGGAGCAUGCUGUGGAAGUUGAAGGUCCCCCAAGCGGUCUUGUUGAGAGAGGAUGGAUCCUAUGGGGGUGCCUUUAGUGGAAUCGUUCGUUGUCCUUUUGAGGCUCGAGUUGGGGAGGCUUUUGCAAUCAAGGAAGUAUUGUCUUGGCUCAAGGAGAGGGGCGUCACGGAGGUUGCUUCAUUUUUUGAUUGUUCGUUGCUCAUUCAGGCAUUAAACAAGCAGCAAACUGAUGAUCGUUCUUAUUUGGGAGUUAUUGAGAGCGAGUGUAGGCUUUUGGCUUUUCUUUUUCACAGAGUGCCCGACUGCCCGUACGUAAGAAAACCGGCGGCGUUGGCGACCCGAUCAAACAGCGAGCAAUUUGAAGUCGUCUCCUUACCGAUUCGGCGAUUCCUCACCGAGCUGAAAGAUAAUUUGAAGAAGAUGGAGAACGGAGGAGGACAAAAGGAAGUUCCCGAUAACGCCCCUGAACAUUGUCCUGGGACUCAAUCGGAAGAUGCCGGGAAAUCCGAUGCUUGCCAAGGCUGCCCCAACCAGCAAAUCUGUGCAACUGCUCCUAAAGGCCCCGACCCAGCUUUUAUCUGCUUUGUCAUUGAGUUUCUUGAUGUUUGAAAGUGUUAAACUGUGAAAAAAAUGAGUUGUUUGAAUUUGUUUAGAAGAAAGAUGAAUGGUUUGAGCUACACAUUCCUUAUCUAAAAAGGAAAUAGGUAAAGUGAGAAAUAUAUUGUGACACAAGGGAAAAUGAAGGUGUGAUGCUUUUACAAUUUCUUGUUUUGGAAGAAAAAUGAGCUGUGCAGUUAUGACUUUCGUGUUCCAUCGAUAAAAUUAGUUUUUGAAAAGCUUGUGUUUUGCACCUUCUUUGUUCAUGUCCUGUAAUGACCUGUAUAUAUGAUAUAUGGCAAAACUCAAAUGGGUUUCCAACUAAAACAAGUUGUUGGGAAGCAAAUGCUGAGACCAGAGCAGUAUUUUCUUGUUUACACAAUUGGAUUCUUGAAUUCCAUUCAUCUAAGUAAGGAACAAAAUAACAUUUUGCCCAGACAUUUGUCUUUAAAUGACUGGUAAAAAUCAUUUAUGUUCUUAUUAUAGAGUGGGUGUGGGGACACUGGGACUUCCUUAUGCAUUUACAUGAACUCCAUUUUAGUUCCUUUACUUCCUUAUAUUUGUAAAGUUUUGCAACUUUUAUUUAAAGUAAAAAAGUUGAGACUAAAAU